ACUGCCAGUCGUGUACUCGCCAUUCUCAGUUCAAGUCUCAGGCAUUUGCCAUUGCUAAUCAAUCCAACCGACAAGCUACGCUACCAGUACCAUGUCGAACCCACCUCACAUAGUCCCACCGGGCCAUUUUGAUAUACACAGAGACGAUCCGACCAGACAGAGCCAGGCACGGCGGCUACAGUCGAUUGUGGCAGAGGGAAUCCCGACGGACAGUGAUCACUCGCGCGAUGUUGAAGAAACCGAGGCACAGGAUGAGGCUUUGGAAGAGGUUGAUGAGUCCGUCAAAGAAGACAUGCGAAAGUUGGAGGAGACAUUCACUGGCAUUUCUGAGCGAUACCGUCUGAUCAACAGAAUUGGAGAAGGGACCUUUUCGACAGUGUACAAGGCGGAGGAUCUGCUCUACGACCACUAUGAGAAUGACUGGGACUUGGAUCUAGAGAAUGAUGAUGGUAAAUGGGCGGCGCCGCCGUCGAAACGACGAAGACUGGGUGACGAACAAAAUUCCUCAUGGCCGGAGAAGCGCAAGAAGCCCAAAUACGUUGCUCUCAAGAAGAUCUACGUGACCAGCAGCCCCCUCCGCAUCCAAAACGAGUUGGAACUCUUGCACGAUCUCCGCGGCUGCAAAUCGGUGUGUCCGCUGAUUACGGCGUUUCGACACCAAGAUCAAGUCGUAGCGGUUCUGCCCUACUUUCCCCAUACCGAUUUCCGCAUUCAAUACCGCACCUUCUUGGUGGCCGAUAUGCGUCACUAUUUCCGGUCAUUGUUUUCGGCAUUGCAUGCGGUGCAUAAGCAUAACAUUCUUCAUCGAGAUAUCAAGCCCACGAAUUUCCUCUACAAUCCUGAACGUCGACAGGGCGUCCUGGUGGAUUUUGGAUUGGCUGAGCGCGAGGGAUCCGAGUACACCGGCACCUGUCUCUGUGCGAACUCGCCAGCGGUGCGACGUGCCAAGAUUCUAGGGAGCUACUACUCGACGCACUGUUCAUCUACGAUAUCGUCGGGGUAUCCCAAAAAUGAUUCACGACCAUCGCGGAGAGCGAAUCGUGCCGGCACCCGUGGAUUCCGUGCCCCAGAGGUCCUGUUCAAGUGCACCUCUCAGACGACGAAAAUCGAUAUGUGGUCUGCAGGGGUCAUUCUCCUGACUCUCCUCGGUCGCCGGUUUCCGUUCUUCAAUUCAGCCGACGAUGUCGACGCCAUGAUCGAGAUGGCAAGUAUUUUUGGAAACCGCCGCAUGAAGGCGGCGGCUGCCCUGCACGGUCAGGUAUUCGAGACGAAUAUCCCGACGAUUGGGGAGAAGGGAUAUAGCUGGGAGAAGCUAGUGGUCUGGGCCAGUUGCGUGGAGGAACUGACAGAGAGCGAGAAGCAGGCCACACGGCUUCUGGCUGGAUUGAUGGAGCUCGAUCCGCACAAGCGUCUCAGUGCCAAACAGGCCCUGGAGCACGAGUUCUUCACGGAUCCAAUUGAUCACGACAUGGAAUGGGGCGGUCACCCCGAGAGCGAAGCUGGGGAGUCGGAGGCGGAGAACGAGGAGGACGGGGAGGGAGACAAGGACGAAGUGGCCAUGCUGUAAUGCUUUUCUGCAGCAGCAUCCGACACGGGUGCAGGCGUGUACUAUAACGAUUUAACGAACUCUAGCUUUGGAGAAAUGAUAUCCUCCGUACGUGAACUAGAAUGU